CUGAUAUAUUGUAUAAAAACCCUGUGGCGAAAAUCCGAAUUAUCCAUCAGCCUGCUGAGUCUACAAGCUAGUAAAUGAAACAGAUUUUAAUGUUCGUAUAAAUGCUUUUUAAUAAAUUGUUAAUGAUACAUAAUAUUAAGAAACACUAAAACAACUCUUAAGCAAUUUUUUGAUUACGAAAAUGUUUCAAAUGACAGCAAUAAAAGUUAGCACACCACAAUUUUCGAAAACUUUUUUGUUAGAAACAUCCAGUGGUUUUAUUUCUACUUUUUAAAGUAGCAAUCAAAAUAUACUUGAAAGCAACUCUAGGCGGAAACAUUUUUAUUUUACCAAAAGUUAAAGUGCUAAAUUCUACUCAUACAACUGAACACAAAUAACAAUCAAUUUGCUGAGUAAAAAAAUUUAAGAAUAAAGAAAAAUGGAUUCUCAAAUCAUUUGUUGUUAUGGAAAAAUACAAAAAUCAUUGCCAAUCAGAUGCGAUGUCACCAGGAAACUUCGCGACCAACAACAAUCUUGAAUCUGACGGUAAACCUAAUCGAGUAAUAAUAAAUGUAGGGGGGACAAAGCAUGAAUGCUACAUAAGUACUAUUUUAAAUUUUCCUGACACGCGGUUAUCAUGGAUAGCAGAAGCAGCUUUAAAUAAUGAAAAUUCUGGUUCAGAAAGGAAUGAAUUUUUUUUUGAUCGACAUCCUGGGUGUUUUCAAAAUAUACUAAACUACUUUAGAACAGGAAAACUUCAUUGCCCAAACGAUGUUUGCGGCCCCUUAUUUGAAGAAGAACUCAUAUUUUGGGGUUUAGACGAGCGAAUGAUGGAGCCUUGUUGUUGGAGUAAUUACAACCAACAUCGCGAUGCACAAAAAAAUCUAAAAAUGUUUGACUCCCUCAUUUAUAAAACAAAAGAAGAUAGCGAAGAAGAAAUAGAUGCAAUGAUGUUUAAACUAAAAGAUAUGAAACCUUAUAAACAGCUUUUAAUUAAAACAAGAGCACAUCUGUGGAAUAUACUUGAAGAACCUUUUUCGUCAUACCUAGCUCAGGCUACAGCUCUCCUAUCACUAGUGAUUAUUAUUGUUUCAGUGACAACAUUUUGCCUACAAACAAUGAAACAUUUUAAAAAGUAUAAUUCAAUUUUUUCUAAAUUGGAAAACGUAUAUUGUGCAAUAUUUACACUAGAAUUUUUAUUACGCUUGGUUAGCUGCCCUUCGUUAAAAUUGUUUUUUAAAGAGCCUAUAACUUAUUUUGAUUUUUUAUCAACAUUACAGUUUUAUCUAUCCUAUGUAUUAAAAAGUAAUGCUGUAGACUCUUUGGUUGUUGUACGACUCGUUCGGCUUCUUCGUUUAUUUCGAUUUUUUAAAAACUUAAGUGGAAUGCAAGUUAUUGGGCAAACUUUGAAAGCAAGUUUUAAAGAACUAAUGCUGUUAGCGUUAAUUUUUAUGAUACCAAUGGUUGUGUUUUCAACAUUGGUAUAUUACGCUGAAAGGGACAAUUUGCCAAGUGACUUCGAAAGCAUUCCUGAAGCUUUUUGGUGGGCCAUUGUCUCCAUGACGACAGUAGGGUACGGUGAUAUGGUACCUCGUUCUGGACCAGGAAAAAUUGUCGGUGCAAUGUGUGCCUGUUGUGGUAUAUUAAUUGUUGCCUUGCCUGUCUCUGUUGUUGGAAGAAAUUUCGCCUUGUUUUAUUCAUAUGCUCAAGCAAGAAUAAAGUUACCAAAAAAAAAAAAUCCUACUCUAAUUUCGGCCGAUAAAAAUCUUGUUUAUGACAGCACUCAUAAAGUGGUUGACACCAAACUUAAAGAAACAGCAUCGCUAAUGCUCAACUUGAUAGUACCUCGAAUAAACGGCCGUCGAAAUGCAUAUACACCUUCCAUUGAACCACGACAUUGUCGACAAUCUUUUUUUACGAAAUCGUUUACAUCAUCUAAAAGUAUAUCAAAAAAUUCAAUUUUCUCAAAUUCUAAUGAAAGCAUAGAAUCAAUUUUUAACAAACCAAGUUCAAUUAAAGACAAUUCAUUUAAUUUAACAAUAGAGAGAAACCAGAUUAUGUAAAUUUCAUUAUAAAUAUAAAAUGCAAGCUGGUUUAUAAAUAGUGGGAGAAAUGUUUUAAGAAACUUACACAAAAACUAUAUAUUUUUAAAGUUUUAUAUUUUCUGAUAUUUUUUUUAAAUAAAAUUUAAUAGCUAAACUUUAUUAUUUU